AUGUGUUGGUUAUUGUUGAUGUUGUGCAGAAAGCAAAUUAGAGCUGUAAGCUUUUAUGAGGAUAUUAUAGCAACAGGUGGGGCUGAUACACGUGUUGUACUCUUUGAUCGGCCAUCGGGAGAGAUUUUAUCUGUACUUAAUGGUCAUUCAAAGAAGGUUACAAGUGUUAAAUUUGUAGCUGAGGGUGACUUGGUUGUUACUGGUUCAUAUGAUAAGUUGCUAAAGCAGUUGUUGUGGGUUGAUUUAGGUAUAUGUGGGCUGAAUGACAUACGCAAGAAUCCUACAUUCAGGAAAAAAAUUGGUAGUUAUUUUAUAGGUGCAAGCUUGGAUUUGAGGAACAUAUAUCUCCAUGGUUUUGUUGCCGAAGCGUUGCUGCUGUUAGAAUGUUGCUGCUGCGGGAGUGUUGCUACUGUAAGAAACUUGUAAAAAAUUAGAGUUGAAAUGUCAAAGAAGGCACUUUGUUGAAUUGGGAGCUGAAAUGUCAAAGAAUGUGCAUUGGGAGUUCAGUGUGUUUUGCUUCUAGUUGAAUUAAGCUUUACUAUGAACAUCUAAAUACUUUAAUAAUUUUGUGCAAUUCAUUUAUGAUGUUUAGAAUUACACAGAUAAAUACUUUGACAUACAAGUUAUCCAUAUGUGGGUUUUGGUUGGUAGAGAGUUUUUUUGACAUUAUUUUGUUGGUUCUGUCAUUAGGAUCUUUGCUAUGCAUUUUGGUUUGUGACAAUUUUUUU